UAGGAUAAUAUUUGUCAGCAGCUGAGUCUACAUCACACCCUUAUCAGCAAACGUAACGAGACAACUCCAGUUCAAGUCCAACAGUCACUCACUCGGAGAUAGCGCAGCGUCCUACUGACAGGCUGGACGAUCGGAAAGCUCAGGAAUCCACCCCACGUCAAAACAGAGACAUGGAGAUCGAAGUGGACAACAUUGAGUACAACCCAGGAAAAGAGACCAUGUGGUGGGGAACUCUGGGCACUGUGCGUCCAUUUCAGCCUUUUAAACCAGAUGAGGAUGCACAUCAGAUUUAUCUCGCACUGGAAAACAAAACUGUUGAUGUGAUGGCCUUGAUCAGGAUCCUUACUAACAGGACUAAUGCCCAAAGACAGGACAUUGCUGUGGCCUACAACAACCUCGCACAGAAGGAUCUGAAUGCAGCUCUGAAGAAAGGCCUAUCUGGGCCUGUGCAGGAGCUGCUGCUGGCCCUGAUGAUGACCCCAGCUCAGUUUGACGCCCAUCGCCUUCGACACUCCAUGGAGGGUCUCGGCACUGAUGAGGAAGCUCUCCUGGAGGUGUUGUGCACCAGAUCACCUGAUCAGCUCAGAGACAUCACAGUGGCGUACAAGGAGGCCUACGGACGUUAUCUGGAGAACGACCUGAUCAGCGAGACGAGCAAAGACUUCAGCAAGCUCGUCCUGGCUAUACUCAAGAAGGAGGAGCUGAACACACCCGGAGAGAUCGAUUACCAACUCAUCGAUCAAGACGUCAAGAGCCUUAAAGAUGCUGUCAGUGGAAAGAAACCUGACUCCGCCCCCUGGAUCCAAGUGCUGACCUCUCGUGAUUCAGACCACCUCAACAGAGUGAUCUCUAGGCUAGAGGAUCUGAAAGGGGAGCCAGUGGAUAAAACAAUUCAGAACCAUUUCUCAGGAGACUUCCGACUUGGCCUGCGCACUUUGGUUCGCUCAAUCCAGAAUACGCCGCUCUACUUGGCCCAGCGCUUACAGGCCUGCAUGAAGAAAAAUGCAGUCGUUCGAGGCAUCAUGGUGGGCCGGAGUGAAGAAGACCUCUUGUGGGUGAGGGUCCAGUUCUGCAAACUGACCAACGUCUCCCUCUACUCGACCAUACAGAAAGAAUUCAAAGGGGACCUGCAGCUGGCUCUGCUGGCUCUGUGCCGAUCGGAGGACAUAUGGUAGAGCAAACAGAGAAACAAAGCAAGAGCUUUUCUCCUGGACUCCAAGCUGCUCGACCACUUCAAUGUCUACUCACAACCUGCAUAAACCAUGUCCAUCUGCCACAAGAAGAAGCAAUGCUAGAAGUUUCUUCACAGGUCAAGUCUGCCAGGAGCUGAAUAUUACUAUCCAUAAGGUGAAUCAUAAUUUGUAUAUGGUUCAGCAUCAAUGCCCAUUUCCACUCUCAGCACAGAGCAAUAAACAGUUAUUUUCUUUUGUGUAAUAAAAUAUGUUGUUUUUCUGCUAUUAAAGAAUACAAUUCAU